AUGGACGACUGGCAUGGAUUGAAAGACCCAGUUGAAAGGAGGAAGCUGCAGAAUCGCUUGCGGCAAAGAGCCUGGCGUCAGAGGCAAAGACAGACAGCAGAGGCGUCGAUACCCAUCACCGAUCCCAAGCCAUGGCAAGGCUAUGGCAUGCUGAUAGCCAGCUCGUCGACGACACCUUCACCACCAACCCAAGACGCCUCGUCUUCAUCAUAUGACACGAAACCAGCGAAACGAAAACGCCAACUCAUCCCACCCCUUCUGCCCUAUUCGACAUCCGCCAUCAUCGACCGCCCGCCCCCUCGAGUCGUUUUCCCGCUCUCCGCCGACCACUGCCUCAUCACAUUAGUGCAGUACAAUGUCCUCCGGGCCAUCCUGUACAACAUGGCGACCCUCUCACUCCUAGACCACCUCCCGUCGGUGGAAUGCCACGCAAUGUUCGGUAUUUCCGGGCUCAAGGUCGGGCAGCUUCCGGCCGGCGAGAUCCCAAUCGAUCUCCAACCGACUCCGCUGCAAAAAUGCACGCCUCAUCCGGUUUGGAUCGACGCCCUCCCGUUCCCCGCAAUGCGGGACAACCUGAUCCUCCGGGCCGAGGAAUACGAUAUCCACGAUCUUGGCUACGAUCUUGCCACAGCUUUAUACGAAGGCUUUGACGACGCUGAGCGCCGCGGGCUUCUGGUGUGGGGCGACCCAUGGUAUAUGGGCGGAUGGGAAAUCAGUGAAGGCUUCGCGAGGAAAUGGGGCUUCUUGCUGAAAGGCUGCUCGGCUGUGAUCGAAUCGACGAAUCGAUGGAGAACGAUGCGCGGAGCAGACAGAUUGGUUGUCGAGGUGGAAGUUUGA